AUGGGGACCCUGGUGAAAUCACAGAUGGUGGCGGUUCCUCUCAUCCUCUUUCUCGUCAUCGGCUCUUGCACGGCCGCUCAUCCCUGGCGACGUGCUCUCGUCCGCGACGACGACGCUGUCUCGUGGAAUGCAGCAUCUACUACGAACGAACCCAACGCGCCUCACGUCAUUCAAUCCAAGGCUGCGAAAUUUUCACAGAGGGUGUCAGAGCCCCUCGUGUAUUCCGCCAGAGGCGCUGCUGGUUCGCACGCGACUCCGAGUUGGAGUCAGCACGCUGCUGCCAGUCACGCGGGGAACGCCGCCUCUCACGGCGCCCCUCACGCCGUCCAUUACGCCGCCACUCCUGCCGCUUCUCGUGGUGCACGUAACUCCGUGAAUCACGGCUCUCACGGACCUGGAAACGCCAACCUCCCUGCAGCAGCGAAUCAGUAUCGAGGUGGUGUUUCCCGCCAUGACGGGAACGGCGGCGGAGCAAUCGCCGUCAACGGCGCAUUCCGCGCAGCCAGCACCAACGACGUGGCGAUCCGUCACCGUUCCAGCCACGAGCGCCGCACGCGCAACGACCGCAGCAGUGGCGGGCCAGCGGGGCGGCACAACCAGCCCAGCAGCAGUGGAGGCUUUAGUGGCGGAGUACUUGCGCCUCCACUCUGGUCCUUGCCCCGCGACAGGCCGCGCUGGCCAUUUCACAAGGCAGGAUCUUCUGAUGUGGCCAUCCACAGGAGGAAUGGUGGCGGCAACAGCAAUGCGCGCGGCGCUAAUCACCCCGGCAGCUAUCAGCGUGAUGAUGGGAUCCUGGAGGAGCACAACAAGGCACGGCAGGAAGUGGGUGUGCCCGACCUCGCAUGGGACGACAACGUGGCAGCAACGGCACAGGAAUGGGCGAACCACCUGGCGUCCAUCGGGUGCCCUCUGGAGCACGGCGGAGCAGAGGGGCUCGGGCAGAACCUCUACUGGAAGUCACCCGCGGGGCUGACCCCACAGGAGGACCGUGGGGCGGUGCAGUCGUGGGUGGAGGAGAAGGCGGACUGGACCCCCAGCCCCAUUCCCGACGGGUGUGCGGAUGGCAAGAUGUGUGGGCACUACACGCAGGUGGUGUGGCGGGACACCACUCAUGUCGGCUGCGCCUCUGCUCAGUGCCCUGACGGCUCCGGCAUGUGGGUCUGCGACUACUCGCCCCCGGGCAACUUUGUCGGCCAGACUCCUUUCUAG